CGCUUGUUGUAGUUUUUUAUAUCGACUCUCUCGCCUCUGAGUUGAGGAUCAAUUUGCGGCACAUCAAAUUGAGAUCAAUUAAACGCUUGAAAUUUACAGCUAGGUUUUCGAAUUUUUCAGAACCAAUUACAGAGAGGGAGAGGAUGAGCGAGCCGAGGCCAGUGCGGAGGAGAGAGAGUCCAUGGGGGAUGCCAGAAGGAGAGCAUCGUCAACCAAAGCCUCACAGAUGUAAUGAUCGAGCUGAGGAUGUUAUCCAAGCUUGUUUUGAGGGGAACCCAUUUAAAACAGUUCCAGGACCAUUUAAGCUCUUCUGGCAAUGCAUGCGCUCCAAUCCUGGGGAGGAACCGACAGAGCCGUACACUUACUUGCAAAUAGAUCCACCAAAGAGAGAAGCGAAACUUGAGUGAAAUAUGAGUUCCUUUUUGUUCAGAUCAAAUGAUCUUCUACACUUCCCAGUUGUUUGUCGUCAAAUAUGCAUGACUGAUGUAUAAAUUUGGAGAGCCACAAAUGUUCUGACCUUUUUUUUAUAAUAAUAAACAUGAUUAAUCCAAA